CUACCUUGACACACCCCAAUCCCGAAGCACCCGAAGCACGUGAGGGGUGGUGGCAGCCAGAUUUUCGCGGAAUUCUCAGUAUCCGUAUCAAUGGCCAUUCCAGCAAGAACUCAAGCUGGAUCAACUCUCGAUUGUUCUUACGCUGUCUCAACGUUCGACCGCCAAUCGCCAUUAUGGCUCUCCAGCUCUGGGAGGUUUGCAUCUCAGCAUUUUGCUUGGGCUGGCUGGGUUUAUUUGUUUACAGAGCAGCAUUAGCACCCUUGUCAAAACUUCCUGGGCCAUGGUACAGCCGAUUCUCUGAUGCGAUUCUCAUGUACAAAGAAUUCACAGCUCAUCGUCGAGUGUAUAUUCACGAGUUGCACAAGAAGUUUGGGCCUGUUGUUCGAUUGGGUCCCAAUGAGGUAUCUUUUACGUCCGUGGAAGCUCUGAAGGAGAUAUACCAGAGUGGCGGGAGCGGAUAUGACAAGACUGAGUUUUACAACUUGUUCAUACAGUAUGGAAUAAGGACAACGUUCUCAACGCUGCAGAAACGAAAACAUGAUCAAAUGAAACGCUACAUCGCGGGAUCAUAUGCCAAUACAAGCAUUAUGCAUCCCGAGGUCGUAGAUGGUAUUCAAGAACGAGUAAGGGCAUUCUUAAGACAAUGCGAAGAAGCAGAAAAGCCAGCCAUAGAUUUCUACGUUUAUCUGCAUUGUUUUGCCAUGGAUUGUGCCUCGUUCCAUUUGCUCCAUCCUCACGGAACCAAAUCAAUUGAGGGUAGAGAUCUCCAUUUGAUGGAAGAGUAUUCAUUUGGCGACACAUUGAGAAAAAAGUUACUUCGAUACCGUUUGCCAACUAUGACACGUUGGCUGGAUGAGACCUUCAAACAGAAAUUGGAGUCGAAAAUCGGCCAGUACGUAAUAACGGCAUGCGAACAGACUGAUUCCGGAGACCACAGUCUGGCGUACAAACUUAAGAAUAGUAAGGCGGAAUUCCAGCAAAUGCAAGUCGCUGCGGAGUGCAUGAACCAUCUUGCAGCGGGUAUUGAUACAACAGGUGACGCUUUGUGCUUCUUGAUACAUCAAUUAUCUCUACCCGGGAGUCACCACAUCCAAGACAAACUUAUUGCUGAACUUUCUUCCAACAAAGAUAAAGCUCUUGAUGACCUGCCAUACUUGGAAGCAGUCAUCAAAGAGGGUCUGAGGUGUUUCCCUCCCAUUCCAAUGUCACAGCCGCGGUGUGUCCCCUCUGCUGGCCGCGUCAUCGACGAAUAUUUUAUUCCUGCAGGGGCUAUCGUCAGCUGUCAGGCUUGGAGUGUCCAUCAGUUAAACCCGCAUAUUUUUGAUCGGGGUGAUCAAUUUAUCCCAGAAAGAUGGCUUGAUUCGAAGGCCGCCAUUGAGAUGAACAGGCUGUUUUUCUCAUUUGGGGCUGGUGGGCGAUCUUGCACAGGCAGACAUCUUGCAACGGUUGAAAUGAAAUGCCUGCUUCGUGAACUAUAUUCUCGAUACAGGACUAGAAUUGCCCCGGAAAUGAAAGGGAGCAUGGAAUUGUAUGACCAGGCAAUUUCUACUCGGCCUUUCGAUCAGACUUGCUUAUUGGUCCUUGAAUCUAUACCGCUGGAGCCCUGAGUCCUCUACUGUGGGUUUGGAAAGCGGUUGACAUGGCAUAUUAGCUUGUAGACAUGAACGCGCGAAAUAGACUGCGUCAGAUAUAUAGAAUCAAUAGAUCGGUCAAAAGGUUGAUGUUAACAAUUUGCAUAAUGGCCUUCUUUCUCGAGACUAUAACAAAUGGUUAC